AUGAAGAGAAGCUUCCUACUGUCCAUUGGCGACGACCACCCGUCAACUAAGGGAGAGUCGUCUCCCUGCUUAAAUCCACACAGCCACCUUUCCGACCAAAUGCACCACUCACAGCUUGCUGGUGGCCGCCAAGUUCCGGCGAACAUCUCCAAUGGUCCCAAAGUUUACAUGUUUCAUCUGCACCUUCGUCACUCUCCUCCUCUUUCACAAAACCCCUGCCAAGUCGGCAUUAAACGAGAAACAAAUCCUCCUCAACAUAAAAAAUGAUUGGGGAAACCCUCUCUCACUCAGCUCAUGGAAUCUCACCGGCGACCACUGCAAAUUCAACGGAAUAUCUUGCUCCGACGAUGGCUUCGUCGAGGGCAUAAACCUUUACAAUAGUAACAUCUCUUCACCGAUCCCUGCAUCCAUCUGUGAUCUCAAAGGUCUCGCCUUUCUCUAUCUCUCCGACAAUAACAUUCCCGGCGAAUUCCCCAUCGUUCUCAACAACUGUUCCAAGUUGCAGGAGCUCGAUAUCUCCGACAACUACUUUGUCGGCCAACUCCCCGUCGACAUCGACAAGAUGCCGAUCAAUCUCACACAUCUGGUGAUCUACGGCAACAACUUCACCGGCAAUAUACCCCCAGCCAUCGGCAGGCUUCCGGCAAUUAAGCUUAUUAAUCUUCGUUAUAAUCUGUUGUACGGCACAAUUCCGGCUGAAAUGGGGAAUCUUUCGACACUGGAGACUCUUGAUCUAGCAUAUAAUUCGCUUGUUGGUGAGAUUCCGGCAAGUAUUUGGAUAAUGAAGCCGCUGAAAUAUCUUUACUUGUUUGUGAACAAUCUCACCGGAGAGAUCAGUAGGACUGUCGCCGCCAAUGGGUUGGUCGAGAUCGAUCUUUCCAAAAACAAUCUCACCGGAUCAAUACCGGAAGCUUUUGGGGAGCUGCAAAACCUUUCUGCUCUCUUAUUGUGCUACAACAAUCUUUCCGGCGAAAUUCCGGCGAGCAUCGGCCGCCUACCGAAUUUAUAUGACAUAAAGCUCUUUAAUAAUAGGCUUGAGGGUGUUCUGCCGCCUGAAAUGGGGAAGUAUUCCAAGCUGCGGAAUUUCGAGGUGGACGACAAUAUGUUCACCGGCGAGCUACCGGAGCAUCUCUGCGAUGGAAAGGUACUGACCUGCUUAAUUGUCUUCAACAACCAGCUCACCGGCACACUGCCAGAGUCAUUAAGUAGCUGUUACACGUUGCUUAAUGUCCAAAUACAGAACAAUCAGUUCACCGGCGAGUUCCCCGCCGGAAUUUGGUCGGCGGUAAACCUAUCCUUCAUGAUUUCAAAUCAAAACAAUCUCACCGGAACUCUACCUGAUAAAUUCCCCUGGAAUCUAACACGGCUAGAGAUCCAAAACAACCAAUUUUUCGGCAGGAUCCCCUCGUCGGCCGGAGGACUUUUGGUCUUCCUCGGAGACGGUAACAAGUUCUCCGGCGAGCUUCCGAAGAGCUUCUUUGACAUGUCGUUACUUCAAGAAUUGUCUCUAAGCAGAAAUCAGAUAUCUGGCAUGAUUCCGACGGAAAUUGCAAAUAUGAAAAAACUCACCUUUCUUGAUCUCAGCAACAACCACCUGUCCGGUCACAUUCCUGAUACAAUGGGAUCCAUGAUGCUCCAUUCCCUUGACCUCUCAAAAAACAAACUUUCCGGUGACAUCCCUUCCAAUCUCGGUAACCUGAUACUCGGCUCUUUAAAUCUCUCCUUCAAUUAUCUCACCGGCGAGAUACCUGUCCCAUUACAAAAGCUAUUUUCCGAACAGAGCUUCCUAGCAAAUCCAAACCUAUGCACUUCUUACUCCAUUCCAAGCAUCCAAAAGUGCAGAAUCCAUCCUAAGAAAGUCUCAACGGGCCUUCUAGUUUUCUUCUCUGUCCUCGGCGCCAUCAUUUUCUCCGGCGUGGUCCUGCUCUGUUUCCUCAUAACAAAAGAACGCCGCCGGCGUAAAAAAGCCGGCGCCUUUCCAUUAGACUCGAAACUCACCCUCUUCCAAGCAGGAAAUUUCAAUAAAUCCGUCAUCUUCAACAGCCUCACCGACGACAAACUCGUCGGAAGCGGAGGCGGCGGCAAAGUCUACCGCGUUUCUCUCUGCCGGAACAACACAGUCGCCGUAAAAAAAAUCCACGACACUUUCAGGCUUGAUUCCGAUAUCGAAAAGCAGUUCCAAGCCGAAGUCAAGAUCCUCGGCUCCAUCCUCCAUGACAAUAUCGUGAAACUCCUCUGUUGCAUCUCCGGCGAGAAUUUAAAACUCCUCGUCUAUGAAUACUUACAGAACGGCAGCCUAGACUGGUGGCUUCAUCAACGACGACGCGGCAACGAAGCACCGCUCGAUUGGCCGACGAGACUCCAAAUCGCCGUCGGAGCCGCCAAGGGGCUCUGUUACAUGCACCACCACUGCUCUCCUCCGAUCAUCCACCGUGAUGUGAAGUCAAGCAACAUACUUCUCGACCCAAAAUUUAAUGCCAAGAUUGCAGAUUUCGGCCUUGCAAAGAUCUUAGAGAGGAAAGGAGAGCCGGCGAGCGUGUCGGUGGAGGCGGGGACGUUUGGGUACAUGGCGCCGGAGUAUGCGACUUUGAGCAAAGUGAAUGAGAAGGUGGAUGUAUAUAGUUUUGGAGUGGUGCUUUUAGAGUUGGUGACGGGUAAGGAAGCAAAUGAUGGAGGGGAAGAUAAAGAUGAGAAUUUGACGGAUUGGGCGUUGAGGAGGUCAAGGGAGAAUGGGGCGGAGGUUGUGGACCAGGAGAUCGCCGGAGAGUCACCGGAGCGCGUGAAGGAGGCGGAGAUGAUGUUUAAGAUUGGACUUAUAUGUACCAUGUAUAAUGCGUCGGAGAGACCAACGAUGAACGAGGUGGUGCAGAUGUUGAUGAAGUUGGUGCAGGGCAGAAAUAGCAAUGUCGGCGUCGGAGGCGGUGACGGAGGGACGCCGUUAUUGGACAGCGAGAGUAGGAUGGGCAGUAAGAGGAAGCAGGUUGUGGAUAUUAUGGAGGACGAUAGUGAUGAUAGUGUGGUUAAUCAAUACGACGGAAUUCUUUCUCUGUAGAAAGUAAAGGAAUUCUCCGGCGAGCGGCGGUGGCUUUUCAAAAACUUGAGGUGAUUGUAGUGAACAUUUUAUGAAGAUUCUGCCACGUCAGCAAUUUAGUUAAUUCUUGCUGUAAUCUUGCUUUGGGAUAACUCUAUAAAUACAUAUACUUCUGUAAUAGUUUAGAUUAUCUAAUAUUAAAAAUUCUCUAUCUUCUUCC